CAAGGUAAGCGUUUAUCAGUUACGAUUUUUCAACAUGUCUACAUCGUUAAACUGCAUGUAAGAAUUUCAAAAGAUGCACAGAUUAUUAAUUUUGUGCUAUUAUUUGGUAGCUAUUGUUGCAAAUGAAGACUUUCUGUUGGAAAAAUUUCCUGCCGAUUUUGGAUGGGGAGUAUGUAGUUCAGCAUACCAAACUGAAGGAGCAUGGAACGAACACGGAAAGGGAGAGAGUAUCUGGGACAGAUUUACACAUAGUGGUCAUGUACCAGGUGGAGCCACUGGUGAUGCCGCAGCAGACAGCUUCAAUAAAUACUCAGAAGAUAUCACUUGUAUUCAACAUUUAGGGGCAAAACAUUUUAAACUUCAGUUGUCCUGGACCAGAAUACAGCCAUUAGGUGAUGGACCAUUUAACACUGAAGGUAUACAGCACUAUCAUAAUGUCAUUACUGCUUACCAACAAGCAGGGAUUUUCCUCAUGGUGGAGUUAUAUCACUGGGAUCUACCUCAGGCACUUCAAGAUUUAGGAGGAUGGCUCAAUCCUACCAUUGUUGAUAAAUUUGCAGCCUAUGCAGAUAAAUGCUUCCAGGAAUAUGGCCUCAAGGUGAAACAAUGGAUCACAUUUCAUGACCCUUACACAUUUGUUUAUGGAGGAUAUGGAACAAAAGACAUGGCCCCUGGUAUAGAUGGCCCUGCAGAGACGGUUUACAAGGCUGCUAGUAAUGUCUUACUGGCCCAUGCAGCUGUGUACUACAAAUACAAAAACAACUACAAAGGGAAACAGCAGGGUGAGAUUGGAAUAACUUUACAGAGUAAUUGGUAUGAAGUCUCAGAUGACAAAGAAUCAACAAGAAAUAGAGGAUUACAUUUUGAUAUAGGAAUGUGGGCACAUCCUUUGUUUAAAGGACAGUGGCCUGAUGAAUUGGAGGUCUAUGCCAGAAAUAUCAACAUUACAAGUGUAAAGGGUACUGUAGAUUUUCUGGAUUUGCUGUAUGUGGGAACCAUGUAUGCUGAUCCUGUUCCAAGAGAAAAUAGUGAAUUCUCAUCAUUUAACAAUGAUAAACAACUCAGGAUUUACAGAUAUGUAUCUGACACUGAAACAGCAUCUGGUGUAAGAAAAAUCCUGAACUGGAUUAAUAAAGAAUAUCCAGUAUCAGUGAUGUAUAUGGCAGGAUAUCUUGGCAGACCAGCUGAUGGGAAACAGUCUUUACAGGACACAGACAAUGUCCAGUGGUACAAAGCUCACAUUAAUCAAUUACUUAAAGCAAUAAAAGUUGAUAAAAUCUCCAGCUUGAAAAGAUUUUAUGGUCGUUCAUUAAUUGACAGUUUUGAAUGGACUGAUGGCUAUAACUUUAGCUUUGGAUUUUGCAUGGUGAAUUAUUCUGAUCCUGCUUUGCCAAGAAUACCAAAAUUUUCUUCCUAUUUUUACAAUCAGUUGAUAAAAGAUAAUGGCUUUGAGCCAGGAUAUCCUGGUAUAGGAGGAGUGUCAACAUCUAUGGUGCCCAAUGAGAACACAUUUCUAUACGGAAAAUUUCCUGAACAUUUCAAAUGGUUUACUGCAACAGCUGCCUAUCAGAUAGAAGGGGGUUGGAAUGCAGAUGGUAAAGGUGAAAGUUUAUGGGAUCACAUAUCUCAUCUUGGUGUAGUAAAGAACAAGGACACAGGAGAUGUAGCUUGUGACAGUUACCAUAGAUACGAUGAAGAUAUACAACUUUUGUCAGACUUGAAGGUAUCCGCAUAUAGAUUUUCUAUAGCUUGGACUAGAAUAUUUCCCAAUGGUACUGAUCUAACACCAAACCAGGGAGGCAUAGCAUAUUACAAUAAACUUAUAGACGGGUUACUAGCAGCAGGUAUCACACCAAUGGUAACACUGUAUCAUUUUGAUAUCCCACUUGAACUAGAGAGAGUUGGAGGAUGGGCAAAUGUAAAUACAAUCCAACAGUUCAAGAAAUAUGCUGAUGUCUGCUUUAAGGAGUUUGGAAAUAGGGUGAAGUUUUGGUUCACAAUGAAUGAACCUAUUCAACAGACUACGAAUCUGACAGCUCCAGGACAACCACACACAUAUGUUCUAGCUCGUAAUAUGUUGUUAGCUCAUGCUGAAGCCUAUCACGUAUACAAUGACACCUACAAAGCAUCACAAAAGGGUCAGGUUUCUAUUGUACUAAACUCUGCCUGGUAUGAGCCUAAGAAUCCUAGUGAUCCUAGAGAUAUAGAAGCAGCAGAAACAGCUUUACAGUUCCGGUUGGGAUGGUUUGCUCAUCCUAUCUAUGUAAAUGGUGACUACCCAGACAUAAUGAAGCAAAGGAAUAAAAUGAAUUUACAGAAGAACAAAGUUACAAUGGUACUUCAAAAUUUUACCCAUGAACAGAAAAUAAAAAUUUAUGGAACGUCAGACUUUUUUAGUGUUAACAUGUACAGUUCCCACCUGGCAUCACCAGUAGGAGAUAUAGAACCAAAGUCAGAUUAUGACAGAGACAUGGGGGUCAAGCGGGAAUAUGAUCCAAAGUGGUAUAAAACUUGCCUUGAUGGCUUCAGAGUGACUCCUUGGGGACUACGGAAACUCCUUAACUGGAUAAAAUACAAAUAUAAUGUACCUGUUAUGAUCACUGAGAAUGGAAUGUGUGAUGAAGGAAAUCUACAUGAUAUCACCAGAAUCAAUUUCCUCAGGUCUUAUACAAACGAAGUUCUUAAAGCUAUCACACUUGACAAGUGUAAUGUUAUAGGAUACUCUGUUUGGUCAAUGAUGGACAAUUUUGAAUGGAUUGAAGGAUAUUAUCCAAAAUUUGGUCUGGUCCAUGUUAAUUUUAGUAGUCCUGAAAGAACUAGAACACAAAAAGACUCUUUCCAGUUUUACAAACAACUAGUGACAGAGAAUGGCUACAUUCCUGGUUACCGUGGUGAUGGAGGACAGGGGACAUCACCAGCAUAUGUAGAUGAGUUUUACUAUGAUGUUUUCCCAGAUGAUUUUGAAUGGAGUUCAGCUACAUCUGCCUAUCAGAUAGAAGGAGGCUGGAAUGAAGGGGGUAGAGGUGCCAGUAUUUGGGAUGACUUUGCUCAUAUGGGAAACAGGAUAGUUAACAAUGCUACUGGGGACAUGGCCUGUGAUAGUUACCACAAAUAUAAAGAUGACAUCAAAAUACUCAAAGAGAUGGGGGUAAAUUCCUAUCGUUUUUCAAUUUCCUGGUCUCGAGUAUUGCCAGAUGGAGAGUUGCUCAAUGUAAAUGAAGAAGGCAUCAAAUAUUACAACAACCUAAUAAAUGGAUUGCUGGAAGCUGGUAUAAAACCAAUGAUAACCAUUUAUCACUGGGAUCUCCCUGCAGCACUGGAGAAAAAACAUGGAGGAUGGUUGAACUCCUCUAUUGCAGAUUACUAUGAGGCUUAUGCUGGUUUAUUGUUUCAAAAAUUUGGUGAUAGAGUUAAACUUUGGAUAACAUUUAAUGAACCCUGGAUAGUUGCUUGGUUAGGAUAUGGAGUUAACUCAUUUGCCCCAGGAAAGUUUGGACCUGGUACUAAUACCUAUGUUGUUGCCCACAAUAUAAUCAGAGCUCAUAUGAAGGCUUAUAGACUGUAUGAAAGCAAAUAUAAAGGAACACAGAAAGGUCGAGUUGGCAUCACCCUAAAUGUUGGAUGGGCUGAACCAUUGGAUCCCUAUGACCCUUCACAUGUGGAGGCAUCAGAGCGUGGAAUGCAGUUUGAUUUUGGUUGGUUUGCUAAUCCUAUUAUGUUUGGUGACUAUCCUGAUGUCAUGAAGAGUAGGGUAAGAAACAACAGCCUUCUGCAAAGUCUUUCCAAGUCCAGACUACCAGAAUUUACAGCAGAAGAACAGAGAAAUCUAACAGGAAGUACUGACUUUCUAGGAUUGAAUUUUUAUACAUCUUACUUAGUGUAUCCAGAAGAAAAAGAUAUAAUAAAUGACAUUAGUUAUGAUGCAGAUAAAGGGAAUGGAGGCACAGGGGAUCCAUCAUGGCUUGGGUCUGGUUCUGAUUGGUUAAAGGUAACUCCAUUUGGUUUGAGGAAAACCCUGAACUGGAUUUCUAAAACCUACAAUAAUAUUUCUACGUAUGUAACAGAGAAUGGCGUCUCAGAUAGAAAUGGAAGUCUACACGAUGAACACAGAGUUAAUUACUAUAGAGCUUACAUUAAUGAAAUGUUAAAAGCUGUACAGUUAGACAGAUGUAAUGUAAAGGGAUACAGUGCCUGGAGUCUGAUGGAUAAUUUUGAAUGGGGUCAAGGUUAUGUCGAGAGGUUUGGCCUUCACUACGUAGACUUCAAUGAUCCUGACAGAACAAGAAUUCCUAAAUUGUCAGCAUUAUAUUACUCCAAUCUGAUCAAAGAUCAUGGUUUUCUUGAGGGAACCUUUACAGCACCAGGAGGAAUUCCUACAAUAGAAUACGAGAAUGAGAUGUAUUAUGGGAUGUUUCCCAAGAACUUCUCCUGGGGCGUUAAUACUGCAGCUUACCAGAUAGAGGGAGGCUGGGAUGCAGAUGGUAAAGGCCUCAGUAUUUGGGAUCAGUUUGUACAUGAUGGCUUGGCAAAGAACAGUGAGACUGGUGAUGUAGCAAGUGAUAGUUACCAUCUAUAUAUGGAUGAUGUUAACAUUCUAAAGGAACUAAAUGUCAGUCAUUAUAAAUUUUCCUUAUCAUGGUCCAGAAUUUUACCACAAGGGACAACUAAUACAACUAAUGCUGCUGGGAUUAUGUACUACAACCAGCUGAUUGAUGCUUUAAUUGAUGCUGGCAUAGAACCUGUGGUUACCUUGUAUUAUUGGAAUCACCCUCAAUCUUUAAUGGACACGGAAGGAUGGUUGAAUGAGGAUACUGCGACCUUAUUUAAUGAUUUUGCUGACCUUUGUUUCUCAUUAUUUGGUGACAGGGUAAAGACCUGGGUGACAAUUCAUGGUCCUAAGGGCAUGGCAUUAGAUGGAUAUGAGAAAGGAACUACAGCACCAGGAUUGACCAAUCAGGAUGGUAGAAAUACAUAUCUUGUGGGUCACAAUCUAUUGAGAGCCCAUGCCAUGGUUUACAAUACAUAUGACAAGAAGUACAGAGAUUUACAAAAAGGUAGAAUUGGAAUAUCACUUGAGGCAGCAUGGAAUGAACCAUUGAGGAAAUACAGUCCUGGAGAUUGGAAUGCAUCAGAGAGGGCUAAUGCAUUUUAUUUUGACUGGUUUGCUAAUCCUAUAUUUGGAAACGGUGACUAUCCUGAUAUAAUGAAAUCUACUGUCAAUGACAGUCGUCUGCCAAUGUUUACAUCUGAGGAGAAGAAAAUGUUAAAAGGCUCAGCAGAUUUUCUUGGACUUAAUCUUUACACUGCUAAUCUAGUUACAACUGCAGAACAUUCUGACAUGUUGACAGGUGUUGCAAAAGACACUGCAGUCAAGUUUUCUGUGGACAAUAGUUGGAAGAAGACAGGUUCAUCUUGGUACCAUGUUACACCGUUUGCAAUGAGAAAGAUGCUGAACUGGAUAAAGAAUAAAUACCCUGGUAUCCCUGUAUAUGUAACUGACACGGGAACCAGUGAUAAUGAUGGCACACUUGAUGAUGUCCAUAGAGUAGCCUAUGUUAAAGAAUAUACAAAUGAAGUGUUGAAAGCAAUUAGACUGGACAACUGUACAGUUGAAGGAUUUUUUGUCCAUACAUUAAUGGAUGGUUUUGCCUGGGAGAGUGGUUACAAUGAGAAGUUUGGACUUUACCAUGUUGACUUUAAUGACCCUGGUAGAAAGAGAACUGCCAAAGUGUCAGCUGUAUACUAUAAAGAACUAAUCGCUGAUAAUGGAUUCUACAAAGAAGAGCCAGUACCUUCCAUGCCAUUUGAACCAGUUAAACAGAAAACAAAUGUACAUAACUUGCCAAUGGCGAGUGAUUUUUAUUACGGAACCUUUCCAGAAAAUUUUGCCUGGAGUGCAGCUACAGCAGCUUAUCAGAUAGAGGGUGCUUGGAAUGUUGAUGGUAAAAGUGAGAGUAUUUGGGAUGUACGAGCACACAGUGGAUUGUUAGACAACAAUGCCACAGGUGAUAUAGCCUGUGACAGCUACCAUAAGUUACAUGAGGACAUUAGAAUAUUGUCGGAAAUGAAGAUGACACAUUAUCGUUUCUCUCUGUCAUGGCCAAGGAUUUUACCAGAGGGCACAUCAGGAAAAGUGAAUGCUAAAGGUAUACAAUACUACAACAUGUUGAUUGAUGGAUUGAUAGAUGCUGGGAUACAGCCGAUGGUUACACUGUAUCACUGGGAUCUACCUCAGACCCUUCAGGACCAGUAUGGAGGUUGGAUGAAUGAUUCCAUGUCAGACUUAUUUACAGAGUAUGCCAGAGUCUGUUUCAACAACUUUGGUGAUAGGGUGAAGUUAUGGAUUACUAUAAAUGAGCCACACAUGGUAUCAGUACUAGGCUAUGGAGAUGGGACAAUGGCUCCAGGUAUAAAGGGGUCUGGUACCAAGGACUACAUAGUCACACAUAACCUAAUCAAAGCACAUGCCAAGACUUACCAUAUUUAUGAUAAGGAGUUCAGGAGUACUCAGCAAGGUCAGAUAGGUAUUUCAUUGAACUUUAACUGGUUUGAACCAGAGGAUACAUUAGAGCCUAGGGAUUUAGAAGCUUCAGAGAUAGGGAACCAGUUUUGGAUAGGCUGGUAUGGACAUCCUAUAUUUGUCAAUGGUGAUUAUCCUGAUGUCAUGAAAUCCAAAAUAGCAAACAAGAGUGAGCAUCAGAACUUACCAUCCAGUCGUCUGCCCAGCUUCACAGAGGAGGAAAAGAACUAUAUUAAAGGGUCAUCAGAUUUUCUUGGAAUUAAUUAUUAUACUUCUGACAUAGCAACAUUAAGAUCCUCAUCUUCCAAUAAAGUCAGUUACUAUGAAGAUAGGGAUAUUGACCAGUACAAAGAUCCAUCAUGGCUAGGAUCUGGAUCUUCUUGGUUGAAAUUUACACCAUGGGGACUAAGGAAGGCCCUAAAUUGGGCCAAGAAUCAUUAUGGAAAUGUACCUAUCUAUAUCACAGAAAACGGAGUGUCCGACAGAAAUGGAAGUUUAGAAGAUGAUCACAGAAUAUUCUACUUCAAACAUUACAUCAACAGUAUGCUUAAAGCUAUAAGAAUAGAUGAUGUAGAUGUGAGGGGCUACACAGCUUGGUCAUUAAUGGAUAACUUUGAAUGGAACAGAGCUACCACUGAGAGGUUUGGGCUUUACUAUGUUAACUUCACAGACCCAGAAAGACCAAGGAUACCAAAGGCAUCUUCAAGAUUUUUCAGACAAUUGAUAGAAACAAAUGGUUUCCUCCCAAAUUUUGAAAUACCUCGGGCUCCUUUUAAAGCAGUUGAUGACCACAGAGAUCCCAACAAUCUCCCGAUGUCUAAUGAUUUCUACUAUGGUACCUUCCCUGAUGACUUUGCUUGGAGUUCUGCCACCGCUUCCUACCAGGUAGAGGGUGCUUGGAAUGAAGACGGUAAAGGAUUAGGUAUCUGGGACACAUACUCUCAUCAAGGUAAAAUAUAUGGCAAUGAUACUGGUGAUGUUGCAUGUGACAGCUACCAUAAAUAUCAUGAGGAUAUUAAGAUUAUGUCAGACAUGAAGGUUACCCACUACAGAUUCUCUAUUUCUUGGCCCAGAAUUUUACCAGAUGGAACCACAAAAUAUAUCAAUCCAUUAGGAAUCAAAUACUACAAUAAUUUGAUUGACAGUUUGAAGGAUGCUGGGAUUGAACCAAUGGUCACUUUAUUCCAUUGGGAUGAACCACAAGCUUUACAAGACAACUAUGGUGGAUGGCUGAAUGAGACCACUUCAGAUUUGUUUGCUGAGUAUGCAAGAAUUUGUUUUAGGGAGUUUGGGGAUAGGGUAAAGUUAUGGAUAACACUGAAUGAGCCAUGGGUAGUAUCAACACAAGGAUAUGGCAAUGGGGGUAAGGCUCCUGGAAUACCAGGCCCAGGGACAACAACAUACAUUGCUGCUCACAACUUGAUAAAAGGACAUGCUAAAGCUUACCAUAUAUAUCAUGAAGAGUUUAGAGCAAAACAACAAGGAAAGAUUGGGAUCACAAUGAACUUUGAUUGGCAUGAACCAAAGAACAUGUCUAACCCCCGUGACCUUGAAGCCUCAGACAUUGGAAAUGACUUCUUCUUUGGAUGGUUUGGAGAUCCAAUAUUCUUAAGUGGGGAUUAUCCAAAAGUGAUGAGAGACAAAAUUGACAGCCAUAGUCACCACCAAAAGUUGAAAGAAAGCCGCCUUCCUAGUUUUAGCAGCUAUGAGAAAAGCUUCAUCAAAGGCACAGCCGAUUUCAUCGGAUUGAACUUUUAUACCUCCAAUGUGGUCACACACAAGGCUAAUCCAACCUAUGAUCUAAACUACUAUGAUGACACAGAUUUGACAUUUACUAAAGAUCCAUCAUGGCUAGGAUCUGGAUCUUCAUGGUUGAAGGUCACCCCUUGGGGUCUAAGGAAAGCUUUGACCUGGAUCAGGAACAAGUAUGGCAAAGCUCCUAUUUAUAUCACUGAAAAUGGAGUGUCAGACAAAAAUGGCAGUCUUCAAGAUGAUCACAGAAUAUAUUAUUAUAAACAUUAUAUAAAUAAUAUCUUGAAAGCAAUUAGAUUGGAUGAUGUAGAUGUUAGAGGGUAUACUGCUUGGUCCUUGAUGGAUAACUUAGAAUGGAAGGAAGGUUAUUCAGAAAGAUUUGGACUUCAUUAUGUCAACUUCAGUGACCCAGAGAGACCAAGAAUACCAAAAGCAUCUGCUAGAUUUUUUAGAGAUUUGAUUACAGAUAAUGGCUUCUUCAAACCUGAUGAUAGACCUCCAUAUACUACAAUUUCACGUCCAAGGGACCCUAACAGUCUUCCAAUGAUGGAGGAUUUCUAUUAUGGAACUUUCCCGAAAGGUUUCGCUUGGAGUUCAGCCACAGCUUCUUACCAAGUGGAAGGAGCUUGGAAUUUAGAUGGUAAAGGACCAAGUAUAUGGGAUACUUUUUCACACAAUGGUAAAAUAGACAACAAUGCCACAGGCGACAUAGCUUGUGAUAGUUAUCAUAAAUACCAUGAAGAUAUCAAGUUAAUGAAAGAUUUGAAGGUCACCCAUUACAGAUUCUCAAUCUCUUGGCCCAGAAUUUUACCAGAUGGCACCACCAAAACAAUAAACAAACUUGGUAUUCAGUACUACAACAACUUAAUAGAUGGUCUUUUGGAAGCUGGAAUCACCCCAAUGGUGACAUUGUAUCACUGGGACCUGCCACAGGCUUUACAGGACAAGUAUAAAGGCUGGCUGAGUGACAGCAUGCAGGACUUGUUUGGAGAAUAUGUUAGGGUCUGCUUUAGAGAAUUUGGAGAUAGGGUGAAAUUCUGGAUUACAAUUAAUGAGCCUCGUGUUGUUGCUACACAAGGUUAUGGUGAAGCAAUAAUGGCACCAGGUUUAAAAGGACCAGGAACAUUUAUGUAUCAGGCUGCUCAUAAUCUUAUCAAGGCACAUGCCAGAGCUUACCAUAUCUAUGAUGAGGAAUUCAGACCUCUUCAGAAAGGUAAAAUUGGAAUAACCUUGAACUUUGAUUGGCAAGAACCAAGGAACAAAAAUAAUCCAGAUGACCUGAAAGCCUCAGAAAUAGGGAACCAGUUUUGGCUAGGGCAGUAUGCAAAUCCAGUCUAUGUGAAUGGGGACUAUCCAGAGGUUAUGAAGGUCAAGAUUGGCAAUAAGAGUAAACAUCUUAAUUACAGUUCUAGUCGUCUGCCAGCAUUCAGUGAUUCUGAAAAAAGAUAUAUAAAAGGCACCUCUGAUUUCUUUGGUCUGAAUUGCUACAGUGCAAAUCUUGUGUGGAUGAAAGACAAACCCAGUUAUGUAGUAGAUUAUAAUCAUGAUACAGACAUCAAUUCUAUCAAGGAUCCAUCAUGGCUUGGAUCUGGAUCUUCUUGGCUAAAGGUUACACCAUGGGGACUAAGGAAAGCCCUGAACUGGAUAAGAAAUCACUAUGGAGAUGUUCCUGUAUAUAUAACAGAGAAUGGUAUCUCUGAUAAAAAUGGAAGUCUACAUGAUGAUCAUAGAAUAUACUUUUUUAAAAAUUAUAUCAAUAAUGUACUUAAAGCAAUUCAAUUGGAUGAUGUAAAUGUCAAAGGAUACACAGCCUGGUCACUGAUGGAUAAUUUGGAGUGGUCCAGAGGAUAUACAGAGAGGUAUGGUCUCCACUAUGUCAACUUUAGUGACCCAAGCAGGCCCAGAACUCCAAAGGCAUCUGCUAAUUUUUAUCGAAACCUUAUUAUCAACAAUGGCUUUGUUAACCAAGAUAACCAUCCACCAUUUGAACCUGUUAAGCACACCAGAGAUCCAAAUAAACUACCAAUGAUGGAUGAUUUCUAUUACGGAACUUUCCCUGAUGAUUUUGCUUGGAGUUCAGCCACAGCUGCUUACCAAGUCGAAGGAGCCUGGAAUUUAGAUGGUAAAGGUCUAAGUAUCUGGGAUACCUAUUCACACAAUGGUAAAAUAGACAACAAUGCCACAGGCGACAUAGCUUGUGAUAGCUAUCAUAAAUACCAUGAAGAUAUCAAGUUAAUGAAAGAUAUGAAGAUGACACACUAUAGAUUCUCUAUUUCCUGGCCAAGAAUCUUACCAGACGGCACUGCUCAAUCUUUCAAUCGUAGGGGAGUUGAUUACUACAAUAACUUGAUAGAUAGUAUACUAGCUGCUGGUAUAACACCUAUGGUUACCCUGUACCAUUGGGACUUACCACAGACCUUGCAGGACAAGUACGGAGGAUGGGCUAAUGAAACAAUGUCAGACCUAUUUGCUGAAUAUGCAAGAAUUUGUUUCAGAGAAUUUGGAAACAGAGUGAAAUUUUGGAUAACACUGAAUGAACCUCGAGUUGUAGCCACCCAUGGGUAUGGUGAUGGUGAUAUGGCUCCAGGAGUUAAAGGACCAGGGACCACAGUAUAUGUAGCAGCCCAUAAUUUGAUCAAGGCUCAUGCAAAGGCUUACCAUGUCUAUGAUGAAGAAUUUAGACCAACUCAAAAAGGAAAAAUUGGAAUAACUUUAAAUUUUGCUUGGCAUGAACCAAAAAACUUGAAUAAUCCAAAUGAUCUAGUAGCAGCAGAAAUAGGGAACCAGUUUGAGUUAGGCCAGUAUGCCAACCCUGUCUAUGUCAAUGGAGAUUAUCCUGAUGUUAUGAAGUACAAAAUUGGAAACAAAAGUCUCCAUCUUAAUUACAGCAGAAGUCGUCUUCCAGAGUUUACUGAUCAUGAGAAAAACUUCAUUAAAGGCACUUCCGAUUUCUUUGGAUUGAAUUUUUAUUCUUCCAAUCUUGUGACAAUGAAGUCAACUCCUAGCUACAAAGUGGACUACAAGGAAGACCCUGAUAUCAUAUCAACAAAUGAUCCCACAUGGAUUGGAACUGGAUCUGCCAAAAAGGUAACACCAUGGGGACUAAGGAAAGCUCUGAACUGGAUAAGAAAUCACUAUGGAGAUGUUCCUGUAUAUAUAACAGAGAAUGGUGUCUCUGAUAAAAAUGGAACUCUACAUGAUGAUCAUAGAAUAUACUAUUAUAAACAUUAUAUCAACAAUGUACUUAAAGCAUUAAGAGUAGAUGGUGUGAAAGUGUUAGGAUACACAGCCUGGUCACUGAUGGAUAAUUUUGAGUGGACAAGCGGAUAUACUCAGCGGUAUGGUCUCCACUAUGUUGACUUCAGCAAUCCAAACAGAACAAGAACUCCAAAAGCCUCUGCACGAUUCAUGAAGGAUCUUAUAGUUCACAAUGGAUUUUUCCCUGAACCUAAACUAUCCACAGAACAACCACCAUUGCUUAUAAGAACACUUUCACCUUGUACAUCAGGGUCUAAAACUAUUUACACUUUCUCAUAUUUAGUUAUAUUAGGUUUCUUAUAUAUUGUAAAAUUAUUAUCAUGAUGUUAUAUGAUUUUGUAAAUUUGUUUGACCUUGUAAAAAUUGGGAAUAGUGUAAUCAGACAAAAAAUAACUAUUCAUUUUACAACCUAAGUAAUAUGUAUUGGUACCAUGAUUUAGAUCCUGGUUAAUAAUUUCAGCUUUGUUUUACUCAUAACCCUACAAAUUAAAACUUAUUCCCAGUACAAAGAUUGAAGGGGUAUUUAGGAAUAAAUACUUUUGUCUCUA